CGUCUAAAUAAACCGUAAUCUAGAAUACAAGUGAUGGAACCAGACGAGUUGGAAUUUAUUGGGGAGAAUCUGGUCAUUGGAGUGAUUCCCAACUUCAACCAUGACCCGAUCUACCUGAUCUCGGGUGCCAUCGGUCCAUUCCGAGGCGGGUAUCCGUUGCACAUUCCCUUAUGGUUUGCUAUCCACCUGAGACAGCAGCAGAAAUGUCGUAUCGUUCCACCGCAAUGGAUGGACAUCAGUCUGCUGGAGGACAUCAAGGAGGAAGAGAAACGAUCGAGGAAUUUCACUAAACUACCAAGCGAGCAUUACAUGGUUGUGGCAAAGUUGGUUCUAAAUACCGCUCCGGAAGAUGUUCCUCAGUCGGAUGAAAUCAAGACACUCAUCAAAGAUAUUUGGGACAUUCGCUGCGCAAAGCUCCGGACAACGACGGAUAUGUUCAUCAAAGGAGAAGGUGAGCUGAUAAAACUGGAUAACAUUACAAUCGUCGAACUGAACACCAUCCGACCGUUUCUACCGCAUGCGAUGGAUAUGCUAACUCGGAUACUGAACGCCAAAAAGAGUGCCCGUAGAAAUAUGUCCCUCCAGAAUCAGUCGCUUACCAUGAGCAGCAUGGGUGCAUCGAGUUCGCGCUACACGUUUUAGUGAACCUCGUAAUUUAAGCGUUUUGAUAUCCUUCGUACUGUGGAGUAGCUUUCAUGGCUGUUAUUGUCAGAUUUUAGGCAAUAUUCUGUUAAAUUAACACGAAAUUCAGGUUGAAACCGAGUUAACAAUUAAUGUAGAAUAGUGCCUAUUGAAUACGGUUUAGAAUAGGUGACUUAACAUAAGAGCUAGGAUAAAAUAAAAUGGUACGUUAUUGAUGAAGAUAGU